CGGCUGCGGGGGCUGCGGCAGUUUGAAAGUCAGCAGCAGACUCAGCAGAGGGAGGGAGGCGACGCGGGCAGUGAAGUCACUCCUUUUCUCCAAAAAUUCUCCCUCAUUUUCCAUCUCCUCUCCUCUCCUCUUCUCCCUCCCCAAAUCAAAGUCUUCAAUGCCCCCAAACCCACCGCCCAUUCCCCCUCCCUCCCCCAAGAAACCCUCCUCCCGCCGCCGGAACCCCGCCCCGCUCUCCGCCAGGCCCUGAGCCCUACUCGACUCGCCGUGCAUCCUCUCCGCGUGGCGCUCAUCGCUGUUCCUUUUCUCGAAUCUUCUAGUAUUUCCCGGUCUUUCGGGGGAUCCCCUUCCUUUUUGUUGCUUCAUUCUGGAAAGCGCCCAGUCGUUUUCCCCGGAUUCGCCGCGCUUCAAUCUGGAUUGUUUGAUUCGUUUUGCUCGCUCGCUUGCUUCCAACUUUAUGUGGUCUCAGCUCUCUCCCGCGUUUCCUGGACCCAGCAAGCGAACGCCGCCUUCUUCUGCUACUUCUCGCUGAUUUGAUUCGAUCCCAACCGCCGCCAUGAUUUCGUUCUGAACUCCUUCGCAAAAAAAAAAGAGCUGAAUUUCAGUCUGAAUUCAAAAAAGGAGAAUUAAAAAAGAGGUCGAAGCUUCUUGAUUUGAUUUGAACCACGCAGACCGCCCGAAUUAAUCUUGACAACAACAAAAACAAGAAAGAAAGAAAGAAAUGAGGCUUGUGGUGCAUGUGCUGGAGGCCCGCAACCUCCCGGCGGCGGAGGCGCAGGGGCUGGGCGACCCGUACGCCAAGCUGCAGCUGGGGAGGCAGCGGGCCAAGACCAAGGUGAUCAGGAAGUCGACCAACCCCGUCUGGGACGAGGAGUUCGCCUUCCGGGUCGGGGACCUCAAGGAGGAGCUCCUCAUACGCAUCACCGACGAGGACAAGUACUUCUCCGACGACUUCCUGGGCCAGGUCAAGGUGCCCCUCUCCGCCGUGCUCGACGCCGACAACCGUUCCCUCGGGACGCGCUGGUACCCGCUGCAGCCCAAGAGCAAGAAGUCCAAGAUCAGAGAUUGCGGAGAAAUUCAUCUUACUAUAUCUCUAUCUCAAAGUUAUCCUGAAGAGACAGCGACACUUGCACAUUGGGCUUCAGACGACUUUGCAUCAAGUUCAGACAAAUCAAGUGAACUUAGGAAGGGAUCUUCUUUGCCAAAUAUUCAUAUAGAACAAUCCACAUCGCCACCAGUUAGUGAUGAAGCAGAAAUUACCAAGCAGGAUAAAUCAAAUGUUGGUCCAUCAUUUGUCAACCGGCUAAAUCAAUUUUUUUCAGUAAAACCAAAAGACACAGAAGCUUCUGUUCCACCUCUCUUCAAGCAUGACCAUGGUUUGGAUACUCUUGAAGAAAUGCCGUUAACAAGCUCACAACUUUCUGAUGAGCAGGACUCUGAAACUAGUGCAAAUAUGUUGUUUGAUGAACUACUGAAGGCCUUUGCAUCUAAGCAUGAAGGGAAUGAUAUGCCUGGACAUUUGUCAGGUGGAGUUCUUAUUGAUCAGGUUUAUGCAGUUGCACCCAGUGACUUGAAUACACGUCUUUUCUCACCAAGUUCAGACUUUCUGCAAUCACUAGCGAAGAUGCAAGGGACUACUGGUCUGGAUAUUCAACACUGGAGACUUGAAAAUGAUGGUGAGGUCUUGAAGAGGGUUGUAACCUACACAAAAGCUGCUACUAAACUAGUUAAAGCCGUGAAAGCAACAGAAGACGUGGCAUAUCUGAAGGCAGAUGGAGAUAUGUAUGCAGUUUUAGCAGAUGUUAGUACUCCUGAAGUCCCUUUUGGCAAUAAUUUUAGGGUGGAGAUUUUGACCUGUAUAAUGCCAGGGCCUGAACUAAGAGAUGAUGAAAGAUCUUCACGACUUGUAAUCUCUUGGCGCUUAAAUUUCAUGCAAAGUACCAUGAUGAAGGGCAUGAUAGAAAAUGGUGCAAAACAAGGAUUGAAGGACAACUUCAAUCAGUUCUCUGAACUUCUGGCUCAAAAUGUCAGACCAGUUGAUGCAAAAGAUACAACAACAAAUAAUGAAAGCUUGUCUUCCAUGCAACCGGAAACAGAAUCUGAUUGGAAACUAGCAUUCCGAAUCUUUGGAAAUUUUACUGUUGUAUCCUCAAUUGUUGCACUUAUUUAUGUUUUUGCACACAUCAUCCUUGCAAGUCCUAGUAUAAUUCAAGGUCUCGAGUUCCCUGGCCUGGACUUGCCAGAUUCUGUUGGUGAAGUUGUGGUUUGUGGAGUUCUUGUUCUGCAAGGACAACGUGUCCUUAAUAUGAUUGCACGGUUUGUCCAGGCAAGGAGGCGAAGAGGCGGUGAUCAUGGUGUCAAAGCAAAAGGCGAUGGCUGGUUGCUGACUGUUGCUUUGAUAGAUGGGACCAACUUAGCAGCAACAAAGUCAUCUGGUUACUCUGAUCCAUAUGUUGUAUUUACUUGCAAUGGACAGACAAAGACAAGUUCGAUUAAGUUUCACACUCUUGAGCCUCAAUGGAAUGAAAUUUUUGAAUUUGAUGCCAUGGAAGACCCACCCUCAGUGAUGGAAAUAAACGUAUAUGAUUUUGAUGGACCCUUUGAUGAAGUUGCCUCCCUUGGUCACGUUGAAGUAAAUUUCUUGAAAUAUAGUAUAUCUGAGCUUGCCGACAUUUGGAUUCCUCUCAAGGGAAAGCUGGCUCAAGCAUGUCAAUCAAAAUUACAUUUGAGAAUUUUCUUGAACAAUUCAAGGGGUACAGAAGUUGUGAAGGAUUACCUGGACAGGAUGGAGAAAGAGGUUGGCAGAAAGAUUGCUAUGCGGUCACCUCACACGAACCUAGAGUUCCAGAAGAUCUUUUCUUUGCCACCAGAAGAAUUCCUUAUCAAUGAUUUUACCUGCCAUUUAAAGCGCAAGAUGCUCACACAGGGUCGCUUGUUUUUAUCCCCAAGAAUUAUUGGGUUCUACACCAAUCUUUUUGGCCACAAAACAAAAUUCUUCUUUCUUUGGGAAGAUAUUGAAGAGAUCCAACUGGUCCCUGCAACCCUAUCUUUGAUGGGAAGCCCAUCUCUGCUGAUUACCCUUCGCAAGGGCAGAGGAAUGGAUGCAAGGCAUGGAGCAAAGCAACUGGACGAUGAAGGGAGACUCAAGUUUCAUCUCCAGUCCUUUGUGUCAUUCAAUGCGGCACAUAAAACAAUAAUGGCACUGUGGAAGGCGAGAUCUUUGACCCCUGAAGAAAAAAUUCAGCUGGUAGAAGAGGAAUCAGAAGCGAAAGACCUCCAAACUGAGGAAGGUGGAUCUUUCUUAGGCAUAGAGGAUGUCAAAAUGUCAGAAGUAUUUUCAUCUACAAUACCUUUUGACGUGCCAAUACUCAUGGGCAUAUUUGAGGGUGGUCCUGUGGAGCGUCGAAUUAUGGAGAAAGUUGGCUGUAUGGACUACUCUGUGACAGCAUGGGAACCUGUCAGGGACGAUGCGCACCAGAGACAAGUCCAUUGCAGGCUUGACAAGAAAGUGGCACGCCGUGAUGGUGAAGUAAUGAGCACCCAACAGAAGUCCCCAUUACCUGAUAAGAAUGGAUGGCUCAUUGAAGAAGUGAUGACAUUUGAAGGCAUUCCAGUUGGCGAAUGUUUCAAUCUCCAUAUUCGAUACCAGUUGGAGCAGGCCUCGUCCAAGCAGAAGUCAUGCAGUGUCCAAGUAUUUAUCGGCAUGGCAUGGUUAAAGAGCUGCAAGAAUCGAAAGAAGAUCACGCAAGAAGUGGCAUCCAAGUUGUCUUCUCGCCUCAAGAAGAUAUUCAGCCAACUUGAGAAGGAACUCAUACCAGCUAACUAGGAGCCAUUUUUCGCAUCUUAUUUUCUCUUCUGCACAUUCAGCCAACUUGAGAAGGAACUCAUACCAGCUAACUAGGAGCCAUUUUUCGCAUCCAACUUUUGCUGGUCCACAUACAUAUAUGGAUCACCAGAAAGCAUCUUCAGCAUUGACCUAUUUUGAGUUUCGGUGAGAAUUGUACAUAGUGAGGAUGAUUCCACGGGCCAAUUGGAGAACUAAAAGAAGGGCCAAGAAUGUAGUUUGAUUAGGCCCUGUUUGGUUCCAAAUAAGUCACCAACUUAUAAGUCAAAAAGUGGAAAAAGUGACUUAUUUUGCCAAA